AUGGCGAACAAAUCUUCGGGAAGCGAUCUCUUCGCUCUGUUGCAGGACCAGGCCGACCCCAAGAGACAGCAAGAGUUGGACGAGCGUCUCGCCAGGCAGUAUGCCAAAGCACAGCAGCGUCAAUCAGAGUUGAUCGGCUAUAACUCGACCAAGCCCGUCACUAUCUCGUCCAUCCAGGUCUUGCAGGCCGAGCACACUCGCAGAGGCUUCCUCGAGCGCAUCUUCAACCCAAUCCUCUCCCAGAACCAAGAAGGUCCCUACACUCUCCAAGAAGCUCUGCGCGAGGUUGGCGGCGCUGUCGACAAGCUCAACCGCUUUGGCAUCUUCAAGGCUCCCAUCUCGACCUACAUCGAUCAACCUGACCAGACCGAUGCGUCCUCUUCUCCCACCGACCUCUCCGUCUUCAUCCACGCUCCCGAGCGCUCUCGCUACACAAUCAAGACUGGUACUGAGGCCGGCUCAUCCGAGGGCUCAGCUUUCCUCGAUGUCGUCCUUCGCAACAUCUUUGGUGGUGCCGAAUCCUUGAAUGCUCACGCUUCGCUCGGCACGCGCACCCGUUCCGCCUACUCGGCAUACUUUGACACCCCCAUCCUCAGCAGUCCUGAUAUCCGCUUCGAGAUUGGUGGUCUCGCUAGCUCUACCCUCAAGAGCUGGGCAAGCCAUGAGGAGCUCAUCAAGGGUGGCAGCACAAAACUUAAGUGGUUGAGUUCAUGGGGCAGCAAGCACGAGCUGGGCUACAGUGGUAUCUGGAGACAAGUCACUGGUCUUUCCGAGAACGCUUCACCUACUGUUCGCGCCGAUGCUGGUGACAGCUUCAAGUCCAGCAUUACACACACUUUCAUCAACGACACACGCGAUGCUCCCAUGCUCCCCACAAGGGGUUUCCUAUUCAAGUCCAUCGGUGAACUUGCUGGCUUUGGCCCUCUUGCUGGAGAUGUUGCAUUCGCAAAGUACUCGGCCGAGUCUCAAUUGGCCCUCCCUAUUCCUGUCCCUGGUGUUGCUGGUGACAGUGGCAUUUCAUUCACCGCUGGUCUUCGUGGUGGUCUUCUCUACCCUCUGACCAAGUCUGGCUCUGACGCACCUGCUGCAUCUCGUAUUAAUGACCGUUUCCAACUUGGUGGUCCUACUGAUGUUCGUGGUUUCCGCCUUGCUGGACUCGGUCCCAGAGAUGGACAAGACGCAGUUGGUGGUGACGUCUAUGCUGCUGGCGGUGCCAGUCUGCUCUUCCCUGUACCAGGCAUGGGCAAGGAUACUCCUCUAAGAUUCCAAACUUUCAUCAACGGUGGACGUUUGUUGGCACUUCAAGACGUAGCCAGUGGCGAGAAGGGCGGCAACAACGUCCAACAGAGCGUGAAGAAUGCUUUCCAAGAACUGUCUAAUGGUCUGCCUAGCUGUGCAGCUGGUGUUGGACUUGUCUACGCUCACCCCGUCGCACGAUUCGAGUUGAACUUCUCGCUGCCAUUGGUCCUCCGUAAGGGCGAGGAAGGCAGGAAGGGUGUUCAGUUCGGCGUUGGCAUUGACUUCCUGUAG